AACCCUUCCAUAUCCCACACUGUGAUACAACCCUUCAGUCCUCCAUGAUCAUAGGUUCAAUGUCAACAGCUUCAUUUAUGUUCAACAUGGCCAUUAAAAUUCAGCCAGGAACAAGGUCUAUGUUCGAUAUGGCCUACGACAGAGGAUAGCUAGCUUGAUUUCCACAUAGUUACAUAUCAUAGUUCCACCCAAGCUAAACUCUAGUUUCUCCUUUUUUUUUUUCUUUUUUUUUUUUUUAUUCCUUAAUCCCGAUUUUAGUAUAUACGAAGUGAUGGAAACAAUCAAGGGAAAUACGGGAAAGAAUAACUUUCUCGUGAAGACAUGGAAGCGAUGUCGAUCCUUCUCCCACAUCCACAGCAGCAAGGGCAGCCUUAGUAGGUUACCGAAGAGCAGAUCAUGGAGCGGCAAGGAGACGAUGAAGAAGAAAAUAGCACCGGGAGGGUUUUUUCCGGUGUGCGUCGGACCUGAUAAACAAAGGUUCGCUGUGAAAACAAAGUAUGCAAGUCAUCCUUUGUUUGCGAUGCUUCUGGAGGAUGCAGAAAAGGAAUACGGGUACCACUGUGAUGGCCCGAUAUCACUUUCAUGCGAUGUGGAUCUGUUCUACAAGGUGUUGGCGGAGAUGGAGGCAAAAGAUGUGCAGCCGUUGGGAAGGAGCUAUGCGUUCGGGUCAUGCAGUCCGUUUAAUCCUAGCCGUCGAUUGGGAAGCAAUGGUGCAGCUCAGAUGGCUAAACUAGGGUAUGGUUAUUAUGGACCUAUAAGCCUACAAGCUCGAUUACGAUGAGUUAACCCAGUUUAUGAAAGUUGUAUAAAUUCGCAUCUCAUGUUUACGUAUGCUUAAGUUAACUAUAAGCGAUGUAUGAACAAAUCCGGUUGCCUGUAAUAUAUAUUUGUGAUUUUCUUAUAA